CUCUAACACUUCCACUAAUUACGGUACUCAAAAAGAGUGUCCGAAUACACUGGAGAUUCCAGCUAGCUACAACUUUACAGACGCGGUAUGCAGUCAUCAUGCCGUUCCUUCUCCCUCUUGUCUUGAUCUUCUGA